CCUGGACCUCGACUACAUAAGGCUGCUUGUAUAACCCGGACAUUGACGCCUCCCCCUGGUUUCUGGCGGACCAAAGCAUCCCGAUACCUGUAUAAACCCUCAAAUAUUCCAUCUCAGAAGACCACAAGGUCACUAAAACAAGCACAUACGCAAAACUCCCACAUCAUGCAGCCUCCUUUGCCCUCUGCUACGCCAAGCUGGCGCAAUGACACUUACACGGCCAUUUCGCCCACAAGGCCUGAGCUCAGUGCUUCAGGCAAAACCAUUGUCAUCACCGGCGCUGGGAGCGGCAUUGGCCGCGAGACGGCCACGGCAUUUGCAGCCGCGGGAGCUGCCCGCAUUGCCUUGCUUGGCCGGACGGAGGCGUCGCUAAAGGAAACUGCUGCCGCACUGCCCUCGUCUGUUUCAACCUCGUCCCAUGUGGUCGAUGUCACAAGCGAGGAGUCUCUGGCCAAGGCGGCUGGGGUGAUUGGCACGUGGGAUGUUCUUGUUCUAGGCGCUGGCCACGUCUCCACGCCGUCGAGCAUUGCGGAAUCGAACUUUGCAGAGUUUUGGCAGUCUUUCGAGACCAAUGCCAAAGGCACCUAUGCUUCGCUUCACGCAUUCUUACCCACUGCCAAUGCUACCCAUGCCGCGGUCAUUGCGGUGACCACAGGCACCACGGCCCUUCCAGCAACCAUGGUGCCGGGACUGUCGGCCUACAUGUCGUCCAAGCUCGCACAGACGAAGCUGAUCGAGUUCCUGGCUGCCGAACACUCAAACCUCUUUGCAGCGACCCUGCACCCGGGCAUGGUCGAGACGGGCAUCUUCACCAAAAGCGGUGCCAAGGCCGAGGCUCUUCCCAUGGACAAAGUACAACUUCCGGCGCACUUCACCGUCUGGCUGGCGAGUCCUGAGGCGGCCUUCCUAAACGGGAAAUCGGUCUGGGCGAAUUGGGAUGUUGAUGAGCUCAAGGCAAAGGCAGAGGCCAUCCAGCAGAGCCAGCUCUUCACUGCUGGCAUCAACGGCUGGCCCUUUACCCCAUAGGCGAGCUUUAGAUAGGUAGAUUCUAGACAGGCUCCAAGGAGCAAUUAGGAAGAAUGAAAGAUGUAUAGUCGAAUAUUUAAUAAUUAUUAAAUCACUUAAAAAAAAAAAAAA